AUGAGAAGCAGCGACUCGGGCAGCAGCGGCGCACAGGCGCCUCCAGAGGCUGGUCCAUCGUCGAAGCCCUACGAUGGUUCGCAGUUGCUGCCCCUUGAGACGCCCCUCGACGAGCCCUAUCUCAUCCCUCAAGAGACGGGCGGCGGCAGCAGCUACAACCGCCAAGACUACUUCGUACUCGAUAGGCCAGAGCAAGCGGCCUGGCUAACAUGCCAUGAUGCCUCUAGGAUUGCGCUGGUUGAUAACACGGGCGGAUUAGCACUCUAUGCGCACCGGCACAGACCGACGGUCUUUGCCCGCCUCGUCGGCCGCGUCAUCGGGAUAGAGGAAAAGGAGAAGAGGAUCAUCUGGCUGGUCGAUGAUGGCAGCGCAGUCAUUGCUGUCCACCACUACAUGCAGCCCGAUGAAGAGGUGGUCGAAAGCAGGGAUUCAGACGAAGAGGCAGGGUUCAGCAUGGCAAAGGGCAAGGGCAAGGGCAAGGGCAAGGCGAAGGUGGUAGAAUGUGGGAUUCCUCCCGAGUAUGUGAGACCGGAGCCAGUUCGAGCACCUCGUCGUCCACCGAAUCCUCGAGAUGCGAGGAGAGCCAUGGAAGAAGGCUGGUCCCGGGCUCGCGGCCUGCUGAGCUGCAUCGACGUCGGUGUCCUUGUUCAAGUCAUUGGCCGUAUCAGGACUGGUCCUGGACGCGAAAGGAUCGUGCUGGUAGAAAAGGCGUUGAUAAAGGGACUUGUACAGAAACACUGGUACGGUCGGACCCAGGGCACGAUAGAGAUCCUGGAAGACCCUAACGACGAGCCCAGGCAUAUGCUUCGAGCACUGUACCUCUCGGCGACCGAUUACUCCAAGAGGCCGUCGGCGCUGACACUAGAGGGCAACCAGGCAGAGGAUGCCCGCAUGCCCAUGGGCGAUUCGAGGACCCGCAACCGCUCGUAUGAAGAAGUAGAAGGACCCAAGAAGCAGUGGGUGCUUCCGAAUGAAGAGAUUGUUGCGCAGCAUCUGUCGCGGAAACGACUCGGUAUGCCGAAGAGCGACAAUUCCACCGCUGCCUCUGCACCCUUCACCGCUCCGAGACCGGCCGGAAACGACAAGAUCAUACGGUGUACAACGCCCGUGGAAGCCGACACAAAUCGAGAUAUUCCUUCGCCCUCAUCUUCUGGUCCCCCCUUACCUUCCUUCAGCCAGACGACCGGAACGCCGCGGCAUCGUCGAAAGCUUCGCAGCUUUACCAAGCUGCCUGACGCAAUGCUGACAGAUGCCCUCUUCCGCAUCUAUGCACAAAAACACAUCGUCGACUUUUGCAGUGGUGACGACGACGACGGCGACGACGGCGAUGGUAAAGAUGCGAAUGGAACAGAAGUAAUCACGGUAUCGGAUGAUGAGGGCGAGAGGACGCCCAGAGCAACGGUUUCGAAGCGGCUGCCCCGCGACCCGCCCGCCUUUACCAUGGCCUAUCUGAGCAGGGUCGCCGACUUGCGUGGCUUUGCAUUCCGGCUCGUGCGCCUCAUCAUCGAGAAAAGGGAGCGCAAAGAAGCUCGCGAAGCACGAAGGCGUGCUGCAAAAAGCUCGCUGUCUUCAUCAUCCGCCAGGAUCAUCAAGAGGAGCUAUGUUGGGCGCGAAAAGGAAAAGCAAAAGGUCGAGCAGCUUUUCGCCUGGGCCAUUCGCGCGAUGGUAGCCGACGGCGUUAUUGUCGUUGCUAGGCGUGGAUCCCUGAUCUGGGCGCCUCUCAAUGGAGAGAAGCCACGGCGCACGGCUGACAAGCUUCGAUUCGGACAAUUGAACUGGAGCGAAGAUGAAGACAGCGACAGCAGCAGCCUUGAAAGCGAGUCAUCAUCAGGCAGUCCGACACCCAGGAAGAAGGCUGCAUCGCAUCAAACAAGACAGGGUCAUUCUAGGAGAACUACCUCAGCCGACGAGGUCGAAGCCUACCAGCUGGUCACGCCGCGACUGCUAGCGAGACCGCUGUGGAGUCUUCAGCAACGGGUUUCGACAACAGACGUUGACCUCCUUACAAGCCUCUUACGCUCUUCAGAUGAGCGCUGGAGACGCAUCAGCGAGACGAGCGUAGAGGAUGCCCUGCCUUUCGCAUUACAAUACCGUCACCAUUGCCAUCACCGCGCAAUCUAA